AUGCUGUUUGACGAAAUCCCAGAAGUAGAAGUUGCACGCACUCCUGGCGGAGCACUACAGAGUGUUGAUCACGCACAGCAGCCUUGGUCUCCCAAGUCUGAGGGCCAAGCUGUCGCGGCGCUCUCCACCCCGCAAAGCGUGGCAGAGCAAUACCUCAAGGAGGUGGCGAGCGAGUACAAAAUAAACUCCGAUGUGAACAGCCUGACCGCCCCUGAUUUUGAUCUGAAGUUUGAGCAAGAAAGGCCCCGCUUCAGAAGCAGAGCAGUGAUCUACCAGCAGACCUUCAAGGAUUGGCCCGUGUGGGGUGCGCAGCUCAGUGUCACUGUGCGUGAUGGGGACAACCGGGUCAUCAACUCCAGCAGUACCCUGCACACCGAUGCCUCGGGACCAAGGCUGCCCCCGGACGAUGCCAAGUUUCUCCAGAAUAGUGUCACGGAGGAUGAUAUUGCUGCAUCGCUUCACGUCCCAGUCGGAGGGGAUGGCAUCAGCUUCUCAAAAGAAUUCAAGCAGAAGACAGAAGAGCAGAAAAAGGAGAAGCAGCGCAUUCUUGUCUACCGCUACAGUGCGGAGGGCAGGCAGGAGCAGGCAGGCGAUUCUCCACCGAUCCUAGCCUUCGAAGAGGUACCUGAAAAGAUUGAGGAUGGCAAGUACUAUGUGGUCCGGGAGGUCCUCUUCUCGCUGCCUGUCUCGGGUUAUGGCAAGCUCAACUGGAGAGCCUUUGUCGAAGUCGAGACAGGAUCAAUCAUCUACCUGCAGGCACUCACGGCCGGCCUGACAGGCUGGGUUUUCUCCAGGGACCCCGUGACAAAGCUGGGGCACAGAGGUCCCCUGCCAGCGGGCAAUGUGGUCGAUUUAAAUCUUCUACGCGACAGAGUGCUCCUUCCUGAUACUAUGACCUCGUCUCCUCAGAGUCUCAAAGGCCGAUUCGCAGCAAUCGAGGAUUUCAGCUUACCCAUUAAAGUGCCACCCACCACGACUACAGGCGAGUUCAAGGACAGCGUGGAAUCAGAUACCUUUGCCGCCGUCAGUGCAUACUAUCAUAUCACCAAGCUUUUCAGGCUUCUCGGUGAGCUGGGCUUCUCGGUGAAAGACUUUUUCGAUGAUACGAAACUUCCCGUGCCGGUCGAUCAUCGUGGAUUUAAGGAUGCGGUCAACGCGCAAGCUCCAGGUAAUGCGACUGGUACCGGAUCCGGAGGCUUCAUCUUCGGCCGGGCGGACCCCAAUUCGAGAGUGGGCAUAGCUGCAGACUUCCGCGUCGCAGCGCACGAGUUUGGCCAUGCACUUCUUUGGGAUGCAAUCCAUUGGCCCGGCUUUGGGUUCGCUCACAGCCCGGGUGACUCGCUCGCCGCCAUAUACUCGGACCCGGGAAGUGAUGCCCAGGACCGAUUUGAUACGUUCCCGUGGAGCACCGUAGUUCGUCGCCGCCACGAUCGUAAAGUCACUGAUGGUUGGGCAUGGGAUGGUCCCCGGUAUAUUGAAGACGACUGGUCGUAUUAUCAACGCGAGCAGGUCUUGUCGACGACACUCUUCCGACUCUACGGCGCCAUUGGAGGAGACGCGAUUGGUGAUAUCAAUCGACAAAUCUGGGCGUCGAGGUACACGUUGUAUCUCAUCCUAGGUGGCAUCGCAGGCAUAAACACCAGGAUGCCGAUGCCCGAUCAGUAUGUCUCAGCCAUGAUAGCUGCAGAUGACCGCACGGUUUUGGGGCAUCCUGGUGGUGCUGUCCGAAAGGUCAUCCGCUGGGCGUUCGAGAAACAAGGCUUGUACCAACUGCCAGACACGCCCCGCCCAAUCAUGUCCGAAGGGCUCCCGCCCGCAGUUGAUGUGUACAUCGACGACGGCCGAAACGGAGAGUACGACUACACUCUCCUUUCUGAUAAUACUCCCGGCAUCUGGAACCGCCAAGCGGCAGACGGCGGGCGGGUCAACCAGUCUCCUAGACCUGGAGAGCAAAACUUCAUCUACGUGAUAGUCAAAACCCGCGGUACCGGACCUGCAAAUAAUGUGAGAGUAACCCUGUAUCAGUCGAACAGCCCCACGGCCACCCUGUGGCCCUCUCACUUCGAUGUGCGGGGAACUCAGAACCUCGCCGGUCCUCUCAGUGGGGACGAGCAGCACACAUUCGGACCUUUCGCCUGGGUCCCCGAUCAGAAUCCAUCGUUUGACAGGGAUUGCCUAUUAGCCGCCGUCAGUGCCGAUGGCGAUCUCCCCAACACUGACAGAAGCACUGGGCUGGCCUGCGCGGUCGGACCGACUGAUAUCGACAAUCUGGUUCCAUUUGAUAAUAACCUGGCAGUCCGAUACCUCACCCGGCCCUAA